AUGAAUAAAGAAAUAUAUGAUAAUCAAUAUCUUGAAAAUGUGCAUCUUAUGACAACAAAUAAUAAAUUUCGAGAACUUCAUACACUUUUGGAUUAUGAUACUACGUGCCGAAGUGAUUUUAAAUGUUAUGCUGAUGAUUUCAUACAUUUAACUGUUAAAACUGCAUUAGAUCACUUACCACAUGUACCAUAUGAGGUUAUGACACCACCUGGAAAUUGCUUUCAAGGUUGA